UAGCAAAUGUUGGCCCUGGCAAGAUGGCGACCCCCUUGGAGCUCAGUUGCUGGGGAGGGGGCUGGGGGCUUCCAUCAAUACACAGUGAAUCCUUGGUGGUAAUGGCUUACGCCAAGUUUUCUGGUGCACCCUUGAAAGUCAAUGUCAUAGAUAACACCUGGAAAGGUUCAAGAGGAGAUGUACCAAUUUUGACAACUGAAGACAACAUUGUUUCUCAACCGGCAAAAAUACUAAACUUUUUAAGAAAACAGAAAUAUAAUGCUGAUUAUGAACUCUCAGCAAAACAAGGGGCAGAUACACUGGCUUACAUUGCUCUCCUUGAAGAGAAGCUUCUUCCUGCAGUGCUUCAUACAUUCUGGGUUGAGAGUGAAAAUUACUUUUCUGUGACAAAGCCAUGGUUUGCUUCACGAAUUCCCUUUCCCUUGAGUUUGAUCCUUCCUGGAAGAAUGUCUAAGGGAGCACUGACCAGGAUUCUCCUGACCAGAGGACAGCCUCCCCUCUACCACCUCCGAGAAGUGGAAGCACAGAUAUACAGAGAUGCCAAGGAGUGCCUGAAUCUUCUGUCAAACAGAUUGGGGACAUCUCAGUUUUUCUUUGGAGAUACGCCUUCUACCUUGGAUGCCUAUGUGUUUGGUUUUCUCGCACCGCUGUAUAAAGUCCGCUUCCCUAAAGUUCAGUUACAGGAACAUUUGAAGCAGCUCUCCAACCUGUGUCGCUUUUGUGAUGACAUCCUCAGCAGUUAUUUUAGGCUCAGUCUUGGAGGCAUCUCUCCUGCUGGACAAGAAACGGUAGAUGCAAAUCUGCAGAAACUCACACAGCUUGUAAAUAAGGAAUCCAACUUGAUUGAAAAGAUGGAUGACAAUCUUCGCCAAAGCCCUCAGCUUCCUCCUCGGAAACUGCCAACACUUAAACUGACUCCAGCAGAAGAAGAAAGCGACUCCUUACAGCGGCUGUCACCCUGACAGACACCGCACUUUGUGUCCAGAGUCCCAGGACUGUGGCAGUGCUCUCUUACACCGAGUGUGCGAAGACAGAGAGAAAAUGCCAUUAAUAGGUACUGGAAGACUCGAGCAAGACAAACUUUGUAUGAUAUCUAUUUUUUUAAAUUAGGAAGCUUGUAUUUUAGCUUGGCAAUGCACUUUAAAUACCAUCAAAAUAAAUACUAAGCGAACUUGGGGAGGGGGGAAGAAAACGCAUUGUACUGUAUAUAUUAAAAGAAAAACCUGCCUUAAUCGUGGCAGAUUUUUGCCUUUGGUUCACAUGUUGCUGACCAAAAGCUACAAUUCUGUUCUGAAUGUGCACUCUCACUUUAUUUAAGCUAAUUUAUAAAUUUAGUUUUCUUAGGGCAGUCUGAAUGUCUAAUAUGUGGCUCUUGGGCUGAGGCCUUUUUCUUCUGUUUAGAAAUUUGAUGCCUACUUUAGACAUUAGGAAAAAUAUAUUAUCCUUAUAUUGUAUUUACUUCCCUGGAAAAGCCUGUAUUUAAUUGUAAAAAUCAUUGAGGAAUGUGCUUUUAAAUUAUUCUCUCAUAAGACUAAUCUUUUGGGGGUUUAGUACCAUAUAUAAAUAUUAAAGGUGGUUAUAUAUAAUAUUUAUCUGACUAUAUGCACUUCGAUAUUACAAUUAACAUUUGCUGAUAUGUUCAAUCUAGGUCAGUAAGGGCUCUUUUAGUUUGUUGGGUGAAUGUGCCUGCUUUAGACCUAUGUAUUUGCAGUGUAUCUUUAACUCUGGUCAUCUCUUUCUUGGAUUGAUUUCAGGAGGACUGAAUGUAUUGGCACCGUUAUUAUGCCAAGCUAUAAAGUCUCAUUGAAACUUGCUCCAUUUGUAGACACUACUCAGAAGGAACUCUCACCAGAGUACUAGAAGUACCUACUAUGUGCUGGUCCAAGUUCAUCAUGCUUGGCUCAUACCAAUGUUCUUUCAUAAGAAGCCUAUCAUGUAUUCAAAAGUUUUAUGACAACUAUUUUUAUGUAGUUUCACUAUAGUUGAAGGAUCCAGUGGAAUAAUAGGGAAUAGCAGUAUGUUUUAAGGAUAUUUUCUACUUAUUGGUUGCUGAACUGUUAAAGGAUUUGCUGUGCAAGUAAUUUUACUUAUAGUAAAAUCUUAUUUUAGUGGCUGAGGUGCUUCUGUUGACCUAAAACCACUUCUGGGAUUUUUAAAAUAUAGGACCAUAUUUUUGAUUAGUGUCUUAAAAGAAUACUAUGGUGCUCAGCAAAUCUUAUCACAUUCUUCAGAAACCCACAUGUUAAGAAAACAGCUUUGUGGUCCAGACUCAUCCAGUUUGAGAUGAGUGUAGCUCCGCUGUGUUUGCCCUGCGUCCUCUCAAUUUGUUCAGUAUUGAGGUAGCUAUUUAUAUAGGAGUCUUUAAGUCCUUGUAAAUAUUCUUUUUUGAAAGUGAGAAACAAAGUGGUCUUCAAAAUCUUGUUUAUCUGUUUGGAUGCAUUUAGGGAGAGUAACUAUAAUUUCUGCAACAGGUGGAAGAGUGUGUGUGUGUGUGUGUGUGUGUGUGUGUGUGUAUAACGUGUUAAUCAUCUGUUAGUUUCCAACAAUCUGAAAUCCAUAUGAAUGUUGUGUAUUGAAAAUCAUGACCAGAGGAUUUUACUGUCCUCCACGAUUGAUGAUACACAUUGGAGGUGGUUGGUUAGCACAUCAAUCAGACAUUUGUUUAUGCUUCAGCCAGGGUUAGUCAUUUCUAGUUACAAUUUCUAUUAUAGCUUCCAAAAAGCUUUUGAAGUGGCUUAAAACUGUCAAACACAUGUAAAACAGGACAAUUAAAGUUACUUUUGGAGUGGGAGAGAGAGCUAUACCAACCUUUAUAGAUUAUAAAAUAGAAUGGUAAAUUUAAUUCCAAGUCUCUCCGAAAGCAAAGUCAAAAGAUAAUGCUGGAUUAUGUAAAUUUUUCUGUCAAUAAAGUAGUAAUGCCCAUGAAUAAGAAAAGUGUGUUUUAGUUUUUGUAAGAAUGUGGGAGUUCGUGCUGUUACAACACACAGACUUGAGCCGAGAAGUAUCCUGUUCCAUGUGUUGCAAGUCUAAUCAAUGGCGCCGUUUUAAAACAACAAGUAUUUGUCUUUUCUAGUAGAGAAGAUGACUGUAAACAUGACUUAUUUCCUUUUGAUCAUUCCUGCCUUGAACUGCCUUUAGACUUGUACCACAUAGGCCGUGAUGCUUCCACAGUACUUUUCCUAAGAGGCAAAAUGUGGUUUAGACAGGUGGAAACGUGUAUGUUGGUGCACCUGGCUGAGCUUUUUUUUUGCAUAAGUUCUAACUGAGCACAGACCACUGCAGAGAUGUGCUCUUGGAAAGGAACAACAUUCCAGACUGGACAGAGCUUGUGAUCAGCCUGUCAGGAUGUGCUGUGUAUAAAGUUUGAGUUUGUUGAGAUAAAUGGUCUAUAGUCUUAAACAGAAUGCUAUGACCUACUUUCUUUUGGAGUGAUGGUGGAAGAUAAUAUAAAAGGGACUACAUGUUUAUCUUUGUGGCAUAGGAUUAGAAAACUGGUCAGAUAAUGCCCGUGUGAAUAAGAUCCUACAUCCACCAUCAUCAGUUAGCCGUAAGACUGACAAUUCUCACAGCACUAAAGAAACUAAAGAACCAUGAGGAUGUUCAUUCCUUCCAGUGCUUUUUACCCCCCCUACAAAGGUAGGCACUGACAAGUAAAACAGAUGUCAAUUUAGGUAUGUUUGUAUUAUUUUGGGGGGUACUAGAGGAUUAGAGAUUUUACAUUAAACCCAAAGCAUUUUAAUUGCCAUUUGUAAUUUCUACUCACUCAAUAUUGCUAGAUAUGAGGGGGACCAAAAAGAAAACCUCCCUGGAAUUUAUUGAUAAAAACUGUGGUAAGAAUAGUAAAACUGUUGAUCAGAAUAAUAAAUAUUCUUACGUGUUUAAACUUUAGUCCCCUUCAAAGUAGUCUCCAUUUGAUGCAAUAUACCUAUUGAGAAGUUUUUUCCACUGCUUGAAACAGUUUUGAACUCAUCAAUUUUGAUGCCUCUUAGUGCUUCUGCUAUUUUUUGUUUCACCUCUUCCACAUUGGCAAACUGUUUCCCUUUUAGAACUUCUUCAUCUGGGCAAACAAAAAUAAGGUCUCUGGGGGUGAGAUUGGCUGAGGGAGGGUUGGGGCCAUUAUUGCCACUUUUGGUCAAAACUGCUGAACACCUUACUGUGUGCUCCUAAAUCACCCACCAUGAAAUGGGCAAACAUGCUAAAAGAAUCUUUGAAAAAAAUUUACUGAAGCUGACACAGCCUCUCACAACAAUGCCAGCUGGCACACUGAUACAAAUGGGUUCCUAGAACACCUAAUGGGGGAGGCCUGUAUUACAAGGGGCCCACCCUCCAAAAAAUAAUUCUGGAUGCUUUUUUGGGUCACCCCUUGUAGAUAAACAUGAAGGAAUGGAGAAGCUUAUUUCAGUCAUAGCUAAGUUAUAAUUUUCAGAAGUCUGCAAAAAUGAAAAAAAAAAACGUCAAAAGAGUCAAAAAUUGUUAAG